UUCUUCCUUAGAUUAGUCCACUGAAUCAACAUUCAAUAAGACCAAACCAUAAGUUAUAAGCUUAUAGCGUUUUUUAUUCAAAAUUUCAAAGUUUUGCAUUUUCUACAAACUUUAGCAGUAUAUUCCCCAAAAUUCAUGGAGGGUAAAUAAUAAAUCAAUCAAUAAAAAUUGGAGAGUAACCAAAGAAUUGAACUAGCAUAACUUGAUCAAAAAAUAAAAUAAAUUGAACUAGCAUAAAUCAGAAGUAUUAGGUAUACCACAAAUAAGUCAUCACAUUUCUUAUCAAAAUUUUUUAAGAAAAAAAAUAAAAAAUUCCAAAGCAAUCAAUAUAAUAUUCCAAUUAAAACAUCCUAAUUAAUAGCCACAAAUUACUACCAUAAAUAGAGUAUUAUCCAAGUAACAAUUACACAAAAAGAACGGUCUUAUAUUGACUAUAAACCGCGCUUUUACCAUCCACUGAUUUCGUAUUUUUUUUUUUUGUGAUAAACAAACACAAAUUACAGCUCUUUCUCUCUUGUAGGGCAAAAUUUGAUUGAACAUCCUUUCUUUCAUUGCCCUUCCCUUGCCUUCUUAGCGUAUCGCUUUCUCUUUAUCUCUUCUCCUACAAUCAUGAACAAAAUGGAUGAAUUCGUUUUCGAAACAACGUCCAAAAAUCAUAACUCCCUUUGACAAUCACACCCUACCACCAAAAAAACAAAAGAAAAAAAAAAUAAAAAUUCUAAAGGAGUUUGAUCAUAACAUCCUAUGAAAGAAAUGGAGAAGAAAGGAACAAUUUUGUUCCAUAAGUACGAGUUAGGACGGUUGCUAGGGCAAGGGAAUUUCGCGAAAGUUUACUAUGCUAGGCACAUUGUCUCGGGCCAAAGCGUAGCCACCAAAAUUGUGGACAAAGAAAAAGUCUCAAGGGUGGGAAUGAUCAACCAAAUCAAACGAGAAAUUUCGGUGAUGAGGCUCGUUCAACACCCUAACAUUGUGCAACUUUAUGAAGUCAUGGCAAGCAAAACUAAAAUCUAUUUUGCCAUGGAAUAUGCCAAGGGUGGUGAGCUUUUUAACACGGUUUCAAAAGGGAAGUUACAGGAGGAUCAAGCUAGGAAUUACUUCCAACAACUUAUUAGUGCUAUUGAUUUUUGUCACAGUCGUGGGGUGUACCACCGCGAUUUGAAGCCUGAAAAUCUUCUUUUAGAUAAAAAUGGUAACUUUAAGAUAUCUGAUUUUGGGUUAAGUGCAUUGCUAGAGUCAAGGAGGCAAGAUGGGCUACUACACACGACAUGUGGUACUCCAGCCUAUGUCGCGCCAGAGGUGAUCAAUAAGCAAGGGUAUGAUGGGGCUAAGGCCGAUAUAUGGUCAUGUGGGGUCGUGUUAUAUGUUUUACUAGCCGGGUUUUUACCAUUCCAUGAAACAAAUAUUAUGGACUUAUACCGAAAGGUUAGCAGAGGGGACUAUAGGUUCCCGAAUUGGUUCCCAUCCGAGGCCCGGAAACUCCUAUCCAAGAUACUUGACCCGGACCCUUGCACGAGGAUAACGGUUUCCAUGUUGAUGGAGAAUUCUUGGUUUCUAAAAGGCUUCAAACAUGUUAAUGGACCUGAUGAACUCGAAGUUUCUCCUAUAACUCCCAAGGAUGUUAGCAAUGUUUUGAAUAGCAUUGAUUUUGGAAGCACUAGUACAAGCAAUUCUCCUAAGAAAGAAGAUGAAAAUGUAGAAGAUACCGAAAAUGUAACUCCUAUGAAGCCUACAUGUUUGAAUGCUUUUGACAUUAUCUCCCUCUCACCGGGUUUUGAUCUAUCCGGCCUUUUCAAGAAGGACCGCAACAAGCACCAACCCGAGGCUCGAUUCACUACUUCCAAGCCCCCCUCUAUGAUAGUCUCAAUAUUCGAACAAUUAGCUCAUAUAAAUAAAAAGUUUAAGAUUCAUAAGAAGGAUGGAAUAAUGCAUUUGGAGAGCAACAAAGAAGGGAGAAAAGGGCUACUUAAAAUUGAUGCUGAGAUAUUUGAGGUAGCACCAAUGUUACAUGUACUAGAGAUCAAGAAAACUAGUGGUGACACAAUCGAGUACAAUGAUUUUUGUGACCGCGAUUUAAGGCCUGCUUUAAGGGAUAUAGUUUGGGGUUGGCAAGAAGGCAAUGCACCACCAUACAUUGCUCAGCAACAAGUGCAACAGCAGCCAGAACAAGCUGUUUAAGGGAGUUUUGUGAGGCUUUAAUUUCGACAUUGAAGUCUUUCCCAUACACGGCUACACUCAGGUUCUUGGCAGCUGAUUGAAUCAAUUUUGAAGCCUUUGAUAAGUUGUUGAAGUUCAUGAUGGCUGAAGAAUGUUUUUUGUAUAUGUAAGAAAAAGAAAAUACCUCAUUACUAGAAGCCACAAUGUGUAAUUGUGUACAUACACAAAAUAAAUUAAAAACAAUGUUAUGGCCGUAAAAUAUCUUGAUGUAAAGUGCACAUAAAUUUUCCACUUGUGUUAUUUUCUUGCUAAUAUUGUUGCUUAUAUAGCUAACAUUGGGUUCAUUUAUGGAGCCAAAUUACAUGGGAAUGGAAAUUAUGAGACAAGUUUA